AUGUUUAGUAUCCAACCCUCACAAAUGCACCAAGUUAUGCAAAACAUAAAAACGGCUGCAGAAAAACCACUCACCAACCAAUUGAUCCCAACAGUGUUGAACAACAUCGAUCAUCUCUCCACACAACAAUUUUCUGAUGGUUCUAUUGGCUACAUUAUUGCCUAUUUGCUUGUUUGCGUGUACCACAACAGAAACCCAGAAGAGAAGUGGUUGGGCAAAGCUAAAACAGAGUUUGAGAAAUAUAUCAAGACAAGCAAAUACAAAGAGGAAUUGUUAUUUUUGAAAGCAUGCUUUGAAAUGGUUGGUUAUUUUGAAAACAAUCCAACUCAUAAGCACUUACAGUCUAUUGUUGAUUCUUUUUAUACCGUCAAGGAUGAUUGUACCAAGUUGACAAAUAUUGGUGGCGUUUAUCUUUUGCUAUUUUUCAACCUAUUCCAUAGAAGCGGAUUGAGUAGCAUUACGAGUUCUUACGCUGAAAAGGGUUUAAACUACCUUAUCUCUUCCACAUUCUUUGAUAUUUCCCAACAAUAUGUUCUAGAUAAAAUGAUAGUACAAGUAUUGGGUUAUUACUUGAGAUACCCUAAUUUUACAGAAUAUUUGGGAAUUAUGGAGCGGAUGGUUUAUUCAAUCUCAACACCAGUUUAUAGAAGCAAUUUGAUUGAUGAGCUGGAUAAGCAGAUUCUUCAUUUACUCCCAAAUAGUACCUCCAAAUCAUUUGAACUGUUAUGCAAAUGGAGAUUAGUUGUAGGUGGCUUUAAUAUUACCAUUAAAAAAAUUGUAGAAUCAGAAUCAGAAUUAAUCGUAAUUACGCAAACAGACAAUAGAAAUGAGAUUAUGAGAAUUGUGGUUGGUUUGGAAGCAGAAUUCAUAAGUGUUGAGGAAAUUGGAACUUUAAUUCUCAAAUUCGAACCACUGGAUAAUGAAUGGAGAUUUAGGAUUACGUUUGCUCUUCUCUCCUCAUUUGAGCUUGAAGAUACCCAAAAGCAUUUAAUUGGUAAUAUUAUGCUUCAAAAUUUACGCCCUUAUCUUGAAAAUAUUGACAGUCAAGGUGUUUUGCUUGUUUUAUCAUCUUUGGACAUUAUUCCACAACUCUUGAAAGAUAAUAAUGUGUGGAUAGAGUUAGUUCAUCAAUAUCAAUCAGCAAUUAAGGAAAAGUUUGAUAAAUAUGAGUGGCUUGAUGACGCAGCAGAAUACUACGGUCAAAUGUAUAAUGUAUCAAGGAUGUUAUGCAUGUCAUCAAAAGAUCAUGAAAAUAUUUAUCAGUGGGAAAGGGAUGUGGAAAGAUAUAGAGACCUAUGUCAUGAAAACAUGCCAGAACCAAGUUAUGAUUAA